UCUGAACCCUUCAUCUCUCUGUGCCUCAUUUGCUCCUUCUGUGAAACGGGGACCCUGCCGGGAGACGAAGGAUGGAAAGACUACAAGGGAGGCUCCAACCUGAACUGAGGGGUUCCCCCGCCCCCAGCGCCCCUUCCCUAGCCCCGGAGCGGAUCCUCACCUCCCAGUCCCUAGUCCCUCCGCCGCAGGCUCCUCCUCCUCUGACGUCAGAGCCGCGGCCGGGCGGAGGGAGCCAGCUGAGCCCGAAUCGAGCCCCAGCGCGAGAGCGGGCGGGCGGGCCAAGAGCGCUGCAGCGGCGGACGGCGAACGGAGGUCGGCACCUGCCAACUCGCGCCUCCCAGCCAGCCCCGCGGCUGGGCAGCCGCAGAGGGGCCUUCUCGGAGGUAAUCCUGGCAGAAGAUAAGAGGACUCAGAAGCUGGUGGCCAUCAAAUGUAUCGCCAAGAAGGCUCUGGAGGGCAAGGAGGGUAGCAUGCAGAAUGAGAUUGCUGUCCUGCACAAGAUCAAGCACCCCAACAUUGUAGCCCUGGAUGACAUCUAUGAAAGCGGGGGACACCUCUAUCUCAUCAUGCAGCUGGUGUCAGGUGGGGAGCUGUUUGACCGAAUUGUGGAAAAAGGCUUCUACACAGAGCGGGACGCCAGCCGCCUCAUCUUCCAGGUGCUGGAUGCCGUCAAGUACCUGCACGACCUGGGCAUCGUACACCGAGACCUCAAGCCAGAGAAUCUGCUGUACUACAGCAUGGAUGAAGACUCCAAGAUCAUGAUCUCCGACUUUGGCCUCUCUAAGAUGGAAGACCCCGGCAGCGUGCUCUCCACAGCCUGCGGGACCCCAGGAUACGUGGCCCCUGAAGUGCUGGCCCAGAAGCCCUACAGCAAGGCAGUGGAUUGCUGGUCCAUUGGGGUCAUCGCCUAUAUCCUGCUCUGUGGUUAUCCCCCCUUCUAUGACGAGAAUGAUGCCAAACUCUUUGAACAGAUUUUGAAGGCUGAGUACGAGUUUGACUCUCCUUAUUGGGACGACAUCUCUGACUCCGCCAAAGACUUCAUCCGGCACUUGAUGGAGAAGGAUGCAGAGAAGAGGUUCACCUGUGAACAGGCCUUGCAGCACCCCUGGAUUGCAGGAGAUACGGCUCUAGAUAAGAAUAUUCACCAGUCAGUAAGCGAGCAGAUCAAGAAGAACUUUGCCAAGAGCAAGUGGAAGUGAUGGUCCCUGACCUCCAAGUCUAGAGGGAGAACAGUGUAUACUUCUUAAGGAGACAUCGAACCCAAGCUACGAGGUCCUGGAAGAGGCAUAAACCUGUCAGACAUGAUAGCCGAGUAGGAAUUAGCUGGACACAGCAGAAUAAUGUCUGAGGCAGACGGAACCAGGGUGCAAAGGGCCAGGAGACGUGAGAGUGCAGCCAUUCAGGGCAGUGCAAGCGCUAAGCCUGGCUGGACUGGAGGAGCUGUGGGGCAGGAGCCCAGGCUGCAGAUCCAGGUAGGGGCCAGGCUGCUCAGGGGCUUGAGUGCCACAGUGGAGCAAUGACUUGAUCCUGAGGAUGCUGAGGAGCCCCAGAAGGACUUUCAGCUGGAACCUGCCCAUCAGAAAGGGCUCUCAAGAUGCAGAAAGGCACAGCGGAGGCUGGGAGACCCUUCAGGGGGCUGUGGCAGAGACACAAUCAGGAGACGGUGAGGGCUUGGACCAGAGCAGUGGCAAUGUGAACAGAGAACACUGGUGGGUCCAGCAGUCGUUUGGGAGGCAGAACUGACAAGAAGUGAUGGUAGAAUGGAUACUGGGGGAGAGAAGAGAUGUCCAGGGCUGGCGCAAGAUUUUGGUUGGGGACGAGGUGGAUGGCGGUGCCGUCACUAAGAUGGAGAUCCCAGGGGCAGAAACUUGUUUUAGGGGAUGAUUUUGGUUUGGGACAUGGUAAAUUUGAGGGACAUCUCAGUGGAUAGGUUGAAUAGAGAAUGAUACACACACACCUGGGCAAGUCAGUUAGCCUCUCUGUGCCUCAGCUUCCUCCUUUGACAAUGGUGACAGUAACAGUGCCCACCUCAAAGACAUUCGUGAAGAUUAAAUGAACUACUCUGUAAAGUGCUUAGAACAGUG